AGGCUGUGGCCAGAGGCUGUUUUCUCUUAUUUCCGGGUAUGUCAUGUGACUCUCAGACUGCACUAUGGCGGAAGCAGAGGAGCAGGAAAAUGGGUCUCUUGAAGAGUCUACAGAUGAAUCAGAGGAAGAGAGUGAAGAGGAACCCAAACUGAAGUAUGAAAGGCUUUCCAAUGGGGUGACGGAGAUUCUUCAGAAGGAUGCAGCAAGCUGUAUGACAGUCCAUGACAAGUUUUUGGCACUGGGUACACAUUAUGGAAAAGUUUAUUUACUUGAUGUCCAGGGAAAUAUCACUCAGAAGUUUGAUGUAAGUCCUGUGAAGAUAAACCAGAUUAGCUUGGAUGAAAGUGGAGAACACAUGGGCGUGUGUUCAGAGGAUGGCAAGGUACAAGUAUUUGGACUAUAUUCUGGAGAAGAAUUCCAUGAGACUUUCGACUGUCCCAUUAAAAUCAUUGCUGUGCACCCACAGUUUGUGAGAUCCAGUUGUAAGCAGUUCGUGACAGGAGGGAAAAAGUUGCUGCUGUUUGAACGGACGUGGAUGAACAGAUGGAAAUCUUCUGUCCUGCACGAAGGGGAAGGGAACAUAAGGAGUGUGAAAUGGAGAGGCCAUCUGAUAGCCUGGGCCAAUAAUAUGGGUGUGAAGAUUUUUGACAUCACCUCAAAGCAAAGAAUCACCAAUGUUCCCCGAGAUGAUAUAAGUCUUCGGCCAGAUAUGUAUCCCUGCAGCCUCUGCUGGAAGGACACUGUGACACUCAUUAUUGGCUGGGGAACUUCCAUCAAGAUAUGUUCAGUGAAGGAACGUCAUGCCAGUGAGAUGAGGGAUCUGCCAAGUCGAUAUGUUGAAAUAGUGUCUCAGUUUGAAACUGAAUUCUACAUUAGUGGACUUGCACCUCUCUGUGAUCAGCUUGUUGUGCUUUCCUACGUAAAGGAGGUUUCAGAAAAAACGGAAAGAGAAUACUGUGCCAGGCCUAGACUGGACAUCAUCCAGCCACUUCCUGAGACUUGUGAAGAGAUAUCAUCUGAUGCUCUGACAGUCAGAGGCUUUCAGGAGAACGAAUGUAGAGAUUAUCAUUUAGAAUACUCUGAAGGGGAAUCACUUUUCUAUAUUGUGAGUCCAAGAGACGUCGUCAUAGCCAAGGAACGAGACCAGGAUGAUCAUAUCGACUGGCUCCUUGAGAAGAAGAAAUAUGAAGAAGCUCUGAUGGCAGCUGAAAUUAGCCAAAGGAACAUUAAAAGACAUAAGAUUCUGGAUAUUGGGUUGGCAUAUGUAAACCACCUGGUGGAAAGAGGAGAAUAUGACAUGGCUGCACGAAAAUGCCAGAAAAUUCUUGGGAAAAAUGCAGCCCUCUGGGAAUAUGAAGUUUACAAAUUUAAAGAAAUUGGACAGCUCAAAGCAAUCAGUCCUUAUUUACCAAGAGGGGAUCCAGUCCUGAAACCCCUCAUCUAUGAAAUGAUCUUACACGAAUUUUUGGAAAGUGAUUAUGAGGGCUUUGCCACAUUGAUCAGAGAGUGGCCUGGAGAUCUGUAUAACAAUUCAGUGAUAGUUCAAGCAGUUCGAGACCACCUGAAGAAAGACAGUCAGAACAAGAUUUUAUUGAAGACACUGGCAGAAUUGUACACCUAUGAUAAAAAUUAUGGCAAUGCUCUGGAAAUAUACUUAACAUUAAGACAUAAAGAUGUUUUCCAACUGAUACACAAGCAUAAUCUUUUCAGCUCCAUCAAGGAUAAAAUAGUUUUAUUAAUGGAUUUUGAUUCAGAGAAAGCUGUUGACAUGCUUUUGGACAAUGAAGAUAAAAUUUCAAUUAAAAAAGUUGUAGAAGAACUAGAAGAUAGACCAGAAUUGCAGCAUGUGUAUUUACACAAGCUCUUCAAGAGAGACCAUCAUAAGGGACAGCGCUACCAUGAGAAACAGAUCAGUCUGUAUGCUGAAUAUGAUCGGCCAAACCUCCUUCCCUUUCUCCGAGACAGUACCCAUUGCCCACUUGAAAAGGCUCUUGAGAUCUGUCAACAAAGAAACUUUGUAGAAGAGACAGUUUACCUUCUGAGUCGAAUGGGAAACAGUCGAAGUGCCCUCAAGAUGAUCAUGGAGGAAUUACAUGAUGUUGAUAAAGCAAUUGAGUUUGCCAAGGAGCAAGAUGAUGGAGAGCUCUGGGAAGACCUGAUUCUGUAUUCCAUCGACAAACCACCAUUUAUUACUGGCUUGUUAAACAACAUUGGCACACAUGUGGACCCGAUUCUACUAAUCCACCGUAUAAAGGAAGGAAUGGAGAUCCCCAAUUUGAGAGAUUCCUUGGUUAAAAUUCUGCAAGAUUAUAACUUGCAGAUUCUGCUUCGGGAAGGCUGCAAGAAAAUCCUCGUAGCUGACUCUUUGUCGUUGCUGAAGAAAAUGCACAGAACCCAAAUGAAAGGUGUUCUGGUCGAUGAAGAGAAUAUCUGUGAAUCGUGCCUUUCUCCCAUCCUCCCAACAGAUGCGGCUAAGCCCUUCAGUGUGGUGGUCUUCCACUGUCGACACAUGUUCCACAAGGAAUGCCUACCCAUGCCAAGCAUGAACGCUCCUGCACAGUACUGUAACAUCUGCAGUGCUAAGAGCCGUGGACCAGGAAGUGCCAUCCUGGAGAUGAAGAAGUAGCCCUGCGUGCUUAUCAGCCUGCCCUUCGCUACUCUGCUCCAUGUGGCUGUUGGGCCACAGCAGCCGUGUUGACAUCAGUGCUGUUCAGGGAUAACCUGUGCUCUGCAUCAGUUGCUCUAGACCUACCUUCCAGAAACUUCUUCCUGUCACUGACACAGAAGUCAGGGCUAUUCCCAUGCUGUAAAAUAUUUGGAUUCAUAAUCAAUGUUUCAUGAUUUGUUUCUUUGGUUGCAUUAGUUAGCAAAUAAAAACCUAAAUCUCAGAGUCAGAAAUGACUUUGUGACUUAGUCACACCACCAGGUCUGAAGUGCACUGCUGAGAACUGCCCCAGCUGUCUGAGAACAUCAGUGGCUGCAGCAGCUAAAAGCUCUGCGGAAAACAAGUCUGUCAUUCCUGGCUUCAUUGUCUAUAUGUCAUCAACUGUGGUUCACUUCCUAAUACACAUUUAAUGAAACACUGAAGACUGUCACUCAUUCAGUGACAUAUGGGAAUACCAUUAGCUGAUAUCCUGCAACUUUAUGUUUGAUACUUACAUUCCAUAUGUUCUGACUAGUAGAGUAUCUGGUCCUAUCAGGCACUCAAUGAAUAAAUGUUUUCCUUAUCA